GACUCCGACUCGAGCCACGACUGAACUCUCAGCCGAGCUGUAGAGUAGCCACAGCGCUGCCGCUGGCCGCCGUUAACUAGCCAACCUGUAUGUCUGGAAUAGGAACUAAACAAAGAUUCGUUGUUUUAUGUUUGUGCGAGAUUUUACCGCUAUUCCAGCUCGCUUAGACACGGCAACUGUUUCAUUAGUUUUCUCUCCCGGCAGCGUUUGACUGACAGAAGACAGAGAGGUGUCCGCGAAGCUGCGCCUAAGAUGUCUAUACUGCCUUUCACCCCUCCGAUUGUGAAGAGGCUCCUCGGCUGGAAAAAAGGAGAGCAAAACGGACAAGAAGAGAAAUGGUGUGAAAAGGCAGUGAAGAGUCUAGUGAAGAAGUUAAAGAAGACCGGGCAACUCGACGAGCUCGAAAAGGCCAUAACUACCCAGAAUGUCAACACAAAAUGCAUAACCAUACCCAGGUCCCUGGAUGGACGUCUUCAGGUGUCUCAUAGGAAAGGCCUCCCUCAUGUGAUCUACUGUCGCCUGUGGCGCUGGCCUGACCUUCAGUCCCACCACGAGCUGCGUGCUGUAGAUCUGUGCGAGUUUGCUUUCCACAUGAAGAAGGAUGAGGUGUGCGUCAACCCCUAUCAUUACCAGCGUGUGGAGACGCCAGUUUUGCCACCUGUGCUGGUACCCCGACACACUGACAUCCCUGCUGAGUUUCCUCCGCUGGAUGAUUACAGCCAUUCUAUCCCUGAAAACACCAACUUUCCUGCUGGCAUAGAGCCUCAGAUCAACUACAUACCUGAGACGCCUCCUCCAGGGUACCUCAGUGAAGAUGGUGAGAGUAGUGAUCAGCAGAUGAACCACAUGGACACAGGUUCCCCAAACCUAUCGCCCAACCCUGUCUCCCCUGCAAAUAGCAACCUGGACCUGCAGCCGGUAACAUACUGUGAGUCAGCAUUCUGGUGCUCCAUCUCAUAUUAUGAGCUAAACCAACGUGUAGGAGAAACCUUCCAUGCCUCACAGCCCUCCCUAACUGUAGACGGCUUCACGGACCCCUCCAAUGCGGAGCGCUUUUGCCUGGGCCUGCUAUCCAACGUCAACCGCAAUGCAGCUGUGGAGCUCACUCGCAGACACAUCGGUCGGGGAGUGCGGCUGUACUACAUAGGUGGAGAGGUGUUUGCAGAGUGUCUGAGUGACAGUGCCAUCUUUGUCCAGAGUCCAAACUGUAACCAGCGUUAUGGCUGGCACCCUGCCACUGUGUGUAAGAUUCCCCCAGGCUGUAAUCUGAAGAUCUUCAAUAACCAGGAGUUCGCUGCUCUGCUGGCCCAGUCGGUGAAUCAGGGAUUUGAGGCUGUGUACCAACUGACUCGUAUGUGCACCAUUCGCAUGAGCUUCGUCAAAGGCUGGGGAGCAGAGUACAGGCGCCAGACAGUGACCAGCACCCCCUGCUGGAUAGAGCUGCACCUGAACGGCCCCUUGCAGUGGCUGGACAAGGUGCUCACCCAAAUGGGCUCACCCAGCAUUCGCUGUUCCAGUGUUUCAUAGGAGACACCCAUACCUCACCAUACCCAGGAAAAACACCCAACUGACGACACCCAGGACCAUCCUCCCUCCUGCACGCUAGCAGAGGAAACACAGAAAAGGGAGGAUGGACCAAGGUCUUCUGAAGUUUCCCCAGGAGAGAGUCACUCCACUAUUUGCCAGUCCCAUCAUUUCCACUCAUAAAGUUUUGAGCACUUUCUACUGCUGAUACCUGUAUAGCAUGGCUCAUACAGCUAUGCACCACAUAGAUACCUAGAUUCAUUCUGAUCAUAAAAAAGAUAUAUAAGUUUAAAGCCUAGCUUAAAACAUGAGGAAUCAAACCUUAAGAAGUUUAAAGAUUUUUCAUAUUCAGUGAAAGAGAACAUGAACUCGAUAUUAUUUUCUUGUUAAUAAGCUAGAUAAAGCUUAUAGAACUGAAAUACUGUGAUUGUCAGUAUUCAGACACCACUGAGUGAGAAAUGUUUGUGUGAUUAUUUUUUUUUGUUUUUUUUUUGGGUGGGGAAAAUUAUAUGAAUAACUCAGGCCCAACAGUUUGCCCUGUGUUUGUCUUUAGCAGUCACAUAAACCCUUAACUGCAGAGGGUUAGUACUGCUUUCCUACAGCCUUCAGUGAAGAUGUUGCGUAUGAUCCUAUAACCCUAGCUCUUGGCUAUCCUAAAGUGAUGAGUAAGCUAGGUACGUCUUGUUGUCUGUUAUGUGUUGAAGCUUGAUUGCUGUGUUGGGCCUGGAGGUAUUGCACAGUUAAUCUUCAUGCACUGAGCAGCACAGUUUAUAGAACGAUUGUGUGGUUGAUCUGGCUUAUAUUCUCUUCUUGGUAGGAUCUGAGGAUGUUAAAACUGUUUAACGGUACUUGGGCUAGUAUAGCAGUACUAUGACCACGAGAAGCACUUGUCCUUACUACUCUAUCACAGAGUAAACGAAUAUGUUUUGUUAAUGUUGGAUUUGGAUUUUUGUCAGUGACAAAAGCUGAGCAGUGCCAUUUUUCUUGAGAACUUUAGCUUGUAAAAGUAAUUUUGCUUGGCAGAAGAGUCACAGUAAUUUUUCUAAUUCUUAUUUUUGCAUAAUGACCGGACAAAAGAGUGCAGUAGUAUAUUUUUGAUGUCUCAUACUGAGGAUUGUACAUAUGUUAAGAGUGUUUAUAAGCAGCUUCUACGGGGAGGGCAGAUUUUCCCAAUGAGCAGAUGAGUUGCCGACCUGGGCCUGGCAUAAAUAUUACGGAGUUAACGAUGGCUAUAGUAUUAAAUCGUGAUCAUUUUUGUUGUUGCUGUGUGAUUGAAUAGCUUUUGCGCUUUCAUCAUAAUUGUAAUUGUCUUACUUCUGUGCUGGUUGCACCCACCCGUGGUUUGUUCACUCCCAUUCAUGCACUUCUUUUCUAUUGCUUUUUAUGUUUAUGCCUAGCCCUUAACAAAAUGUCUCGACAACUUAAAGAUGGAAUGCAGAAACGUAUGCAUACAGCAGCUAAAGCUAGCCAAGAUUUUAAAAUUAGGGGUUCAGCAUGUUCUUUUUGCGGCCGAUCUCAGUUUUAGAGAGAGGAGAAAAUUAUCCCAUAUUUCUGAUCCUCGGGAUUUAGAACACGUGGACCCAGCCUGUCUAUGGGUGACCAGACCAGGGGCCAUAUUUCUGAUAGUACAAGAGUCUGAGAGAGUAUAGAUUCAAAAUCACUCCCUACCUUUUUCCUGUGUUUUGAUACGAGAGGAAAACAGAUUCUAGCUUUCUCAUUCUGAGACGUGCGAUACUUGUGAGCCCUUUGUCAUAAAAAAAAAAACGGCACUAGUUCAAGAAACGGGUGGAAGAAAAAAGCAACGCGCAGAAGAUUGGACUAGUCAUGUGCUUGCCACACAAGAUGUGUGAAGGCAACCAUUUCCACAUUCUUUGGUUUCGUAAAAGCUUCAAAAUAAAUUAACUCGCCAUACGUUAUUAUUUUCUAUUUUAAUGGCACGUUAAAGGGAUAUUUCAAACUCAGGAUCAUGAGCCCACUCAAAAGCAAAGCCAAGCUUCAUGCAAGAUGGCACACAUUUCAUACAUCUAUUAGGUCAAUUCUAUUUUACAAAGUUGUUUUUGUGUAGAGAAAAAAAUGGAUGUUGAAAGAGGUUUUUAAUUAAACGAAUACAGGGGUGAGGCAAGUACUGCUGGCAGCUCUUGAGGUGAGCUCAUAUUUUUCUAUAGAGGUUGAUUUCUCAAGAGGAUGCUCUCGUGUUCAUGGCUGGAUGUGUUUUUGAGCCAAGCCUGUCAGUUAAGAUGGGCACUUUUUAUCCAAUGGUCUGAACAUUGACUUCCUUGACUGGAUGAUGAUGAUGAUUUAUUAUUAUUAUUUGUUUUUAUAGAAGUAAAAUAGUGGAUUAAUUGCAUGGUCUUGCAAUUCCUGAAUUUUUGUAAAUGAGAUCAGCAGUUCAUUGCAACACAAUUGUAUGUUUUGUUUUUUGAAUGAACACACUGUAAAACUGCGGCCACCACCUGUUGAUAGCUCAGGCAAACACGAGAUCAUGUUCUCAAGGCUCUUGUAGCUUGCCUGUGAAAAUCUGCUUUUCAUGUAGUCAACUUACAAUGUGUGUUUAUGGGUAACGUUGAUCUUUGUGGUUGUUGUCUUGUCCCCAUUUAAACCACCUUACGCUGUCCACUGCUGUGGACCCUGCUGGCUCUCCCUCUGUAACUCAGCAGUGUCUGAGCAUGUCAUGGACUUAUAGUCUUCAUUUAGGGUCAUCAUUCUUGUUAAUUCUGUUCAAAUCAAAAUACUGCUUAAUAGUAUCCUGUUUUUUUUUUUUUUCAGAAUUCCAAUUUGGUGAAGCAAAUAUGAAUUGAUUUGUCUUACGGGUUCCAGUACUUAAUUUCUGUGCGCUUUCUUCAUUUGUUGCUUAGAUUUUGUUUGCUCUAAAUGUGGUUUCUCUCUGCAGCUUUACCUACAUAGGUUUUCCUUGCAUUAACUGUAAGCUGUUCUCUUGUAUUGCCUCGUUUUGUUAUCCAAGAAUUUUUAAUAAUAAAAGUGUUUAUUUUAAA